AUGCCCCACUUUGAUAAUCUUUACUAUUACCCAAUCUUCACUACUUAUUGCAACGAUGUCCCGUUGAACGCUCAUUUGGGCAUAGUAGAAGCUAGGCAUAUAUUCGAGCUCUACCACUGCUACGCUGAUAAACACAAUAACCAUACCUCCCCGUACUCGGAAUGGCACCCAGACCCAUUGGAGCAACGUCUCCAUCAGUCGCCAGACGUUGAAGUCUACUAUUGGGACAACGACAAAGCGCACUGGUAUGUUGGAAUCAACACUAGCCAUGCGCUCCACGGGGCGUACCAACACGCGCUCCAAACGUUAGGGGACGCGUUGCAACCAAACAAUUGGGAUCGCAGCAAACCUUGGCAGGACUAUGACUUCGGCUCUAAACUCGCUGAACUAGGGAUGCCGUGCAUACCCAAGCCCCGACAAGUACAUCACAACAACUUCUAUGCUAUGUGUCUAAUCGCGCUAGCCUACGUUGUCAACGCCGUCCGAAUGAAUCACUACCACAACUUAGCAUACGCCGGCUAUAUGCAAGGAUUGCCAGGAUUUGUCUCCGCGCAUCGUUACUGGUGUAGGAUACAUGGAUAUGCCGUAACCAACUUGUCCGAAGAUAACGAAUCCACGGCGGGUGAGUCAGGACUCGAACGCUUGCCAGGCAAGUUCAUACUCAGAACUAGAGUCAUGCAUACAGAAUUCAAACCCGGCAAGCAAGAUCAAGACCAAGAAGUGGACGAGCUGGCUCCAGAUUUGCCGCCUCCCGCUCUGUCUCCUAUGGAAGAAGAAAAUCGACAUACCUUACCCAGUGAACCUUCCCUUGAUUCACGACUCAGCGAAAUGUUGCGCAAGCACCUCACUCUCAACAGUAUCACCCAGCAACCUGGCAACAACGUCCAACCUCAGCCUAGAUGGCACAAUCAGAACGGCCUCGACCAUUCUGGAGGCGGAUUUCUCCCAGCUAACCCCAUCCCAGGAAUGUCAAAGCAAGGGCUGGAUUUCUUGCUCCAACGGCUACAGGAGGUUGCCCUACAACGGCGGAAAAAGGAAAUUGCAGAAGGAGAGGCAAGAACUGCCGUCCUUGAAUGGGAAUGGCCUACGGAGCCGGCUCCGUCAAGCGAACCCCUGAUGGGACUUCCUGAGUGGGUGCCCGACGCUUUGAACCAGGAUUUGCCCAGGACUUGGGAGGAUUAUUGGGAAGAAACAAGAAAAGAGUAG